AUGGAUCGAUUCAGGAGCGCAGUCAAGGAGCGCCUCGGCCGAUCGUCUUCCGCCAAAAAACCUGAUCUGGAAGUUCGCGAAGAAAAAGCGAGCUACCCUGAAUGGGCCAAGAAGCUUGGACGAGUUUCUUUUCUGAUCUGGAACAGAUUCCUGUGGCAGCCGUUUCGCUAUAUUUGGAACUUCUUGAACCGAUGGACCAACUUGACGUUUUGGAUCUUUACGGGUAUCUUUAUCGGUAUUCUUGUCGGCUAUUUCCAGCCAGAGUUCUCGCAAGAGAUUGAGCCACUUGGCACAGCCUUUAUUCGAAUGAUCAAGAUCAUUGUUGCCCCCUUGAUCUUCUCCACUUUGGUGCUCGGUAUUGCAGGGCAUAGUGAGGAUAUCUCCACUGUCGGUAAACUUGCUAUCAAGACCAUCGUUUACUUUGAAAUCGUCACGACCUUUGCUCUGGCGGUGGGUUUGAUCAUGGCCAAUCUAGUCAAGCCUGGUGAGGGUGUGAUUUUGCCAGGCGAGCAAGACAACGCGGAUGCCAGCGACCUUGCAAGCAGGAGCGGCGAAAUCACCUGGUAUGGCGAAAUGUUCAUGAUCAUCCCUGAAAACUUCUUUAUCGCUGCCGCCGAAGACCAGAUUCUCGGUAUCGUGUUCUGCGCGGCCAUGUUUGCUUGCGCAGCCAUCAAGGCCGAUAAAAAGUCACGCGAUGUGAUGCUCAUGAUCUGCGAGUCCCUCUCUCAGGUUAUUUUCAAAAUGGUGGGUCUUAUCAUGAACUUGGUUGCAGAUGCUCCUAUCGGUAUCGGUGCCUCUUUGGCUGCUACUGUCGGUGCAAACGGUAUUGGCGUCCUUGCCAAUCUCGGCAAGCUUAUCGGUGCAUUGUAUGCCUCGCUCGUCAUCUUUUUAUUGCUCAUCUUGUUCCCUGUCAUCCUUCUUUGCCGCGUGCCCAUGCUUGGCUUCUUCCGUAGCAUUGCCCAGCCCUGGCUCAUUGCCUUCAGUACCUCAUCCAGUGAAUCCGCGUUGCCCAAGGCUAUGGAGAAAAUGCGUGAAUUUGGAUGUCCCAAUUCGCUAGUGUCAUUUGUCAUUCCGACUGGUUAUUCAUUCAACUUGGAUGGUACAACACUCCAUCUCGCAUUGGCCAGUAUUUUCUGUGCGCAAGCAGGUGGCAUGAGCUUGCCUGUUGCUACUCAACUGUCGAUUAUGGGUACACUUAUGCUGUCAUCCAAGGGUGUUGCCGCCGUGCCACGUGCCUCGCUGAUCGUGUUGGCUGGUACUGUCGCUCAAUACGGCCUUCCCAUUGGAGCUGUCACGGUGAUUAUGGGUGUUGACGCUAUCAUGGACAUGGGCAGAACCUCGAUCAAUGUCAUGGGCAACUGUCUUGCGUGCUGCGUCAUGGCGCGUCUCGAGGGUUCGUUCCGCGGCAGUGAAUGGAAAAUUGAAGAAGAGGCUCGUCGACACAAGGCUCUCCAGGACCAAGACCCUGACAAGGUUGUCCCGACCACGGAAGAAGAUUCAGCGAGUGAAAAGGCCGUGCAUUCCAACGACGUUCCUACCGAAAUCAUGAUCCAUGACAACAACAAGUCGUCACGCAGCCUAGAAUCGUACAACAAUAACAACAAUUCCCCUUCCACAACAAGCAGCCACGAGCGCAAAUAA